AUGUUAGCAAUAAAAUUAAAUAAUAAUGGUAGAGAGCAAACUAAUUUAUUGAUAAACAUUUAAAUAAAUCUGAUAAAUAUUUAUCUUUUGCUAAAUUCUUUUUAAUGUAUUUUUAAUAUAGAUAAAAUUUAGGUAUUGCCUUAAUUGAAAACAAUGAACCAGAAAAAGCUAUUAUAAAACGAGAUGAAGCAAAAAAAAUGCAUGGAAAUUUAUAUAAGGAACUAUCGGAUAAUGCAGAUAAGGCACUUAAAAAAUAUGAAAAAAAAUAUAUUUAUGCAUAUCAUAGGUUAUGCAUUUAAGUUGCAAUUUAAUUCGAACUUUAUAUUAUGAAAAUAAAUAUGAUUAGGCAAUUGAAUAAUUUUUAAUAGUUUAAUAGUUUGAAUACAAUUCCUAGACAUUUCCAUGCCUUUUAUCGAAAAAGUAUUAAUAAAUUUUCAAAUUAGGCUAUGCUUUAUAGGAUAAGAAUUAACAUAAUUUUGCUAUUGGAUGUAUCGAAUAUUCUCUUGAAUUUGGUGUAGAAUAUUUAAUUGGUUAUUUUAUAGAUGUAAUUUAUAAUAAAAAAUAUAAGAUUAAAAUAAUAAGGAAAACUUAAUUUACUUAUUGCUGA